AUGUCAUCCUCUGCGUCGCUGUCAUUCACAUCUGGCGGCGCGCCCAUCGAAGGCGCUCGUGGUGGGGAGCCUGCAGCUUCCCCCUCCUCGUCACCUACAUCCUCCUCUAGUACUUCGAGCUACUCCCAGUGGUGGCAACGUCUCUACUCUGCCCACACCUUCACAGAGGGGCUACGUGUUGUGUUUGAAGUGGUACCGCUUUGGGUACCCGUCGCCGGUGUGGUCACGACUGCUGGCACGUACUACAUCACCUUUCGCGUGCGCCUUUUUCUCGCGCAGUGGCGCAUCGCUGAGCGUCGCCGCGCCGAGCGCAAGUACGAUCUGCUGGAUAAUCUGCGUGGUAUGACUACAGUGCCGGUUGGCGCGGUCCACGCACUUGACGACGACGAUGACGACGAUGAUGACGACGACGAGGAAGAGGACGAGACGGCGGUGUCGCGGCGCGACGUGGAUGAGUUCCGCAGCAGCCUUGGUAUUCGUCUACCCCGCGAUGAGGAUUUGAUGGCUAUCGUCGAGCGCAUGCUCAUGUCCGACACACUGCCUGAUGGGUGGGUGCUCUACCGCACGAGUGCCGGCAUCGUUCGCUUCAUGAACUUGAACACACAGGAGCUCUUCUUCUUCCCUCCUAACAAGCGCAAGGAGAGGGCGCUCAUUGAGUCCGAACUAAAGAAACGCAACCGUGAGGCCAUGGAGAGCCGAUACAACUUCUCGUACGAGGAUGAGGGCAUGAACUCGAGCUCCCUUUCCCCUUCUCGCGCCGACCCGCAGAAUUUUGUGCCGUCGCACCGCUCCUCUCACGAGGACAGCGGACACACGGGGGGCAACGCCUCUCCUAUCGAUUUCGACGACGGCGCCGGAGUCGAGGACCCGAAUGAUGGCCUCAGUAGCACCUUCCGCCGCAUGUUCAGCUACUUCCUGGAGCGUGAACAGAAGAGGAUCGAGCAGGGUGUCGCCCUGGCGCGGUCGUCGCGCGAAGGGUCGGCACUCAGCGGCUUUUCAGCAGGUUCCUCUGGCAAUGCCGUGGGUGGCAGUGGCAGUGGUCAAGGAAGUGGCAGCGGCGCUGGGGGUGCCUCGGGGACCGCAGGUGCCGGCCACGACGGGGCCAUUGCACACCGCUCGACCGCCUCUAUGACGUAUCGCGUGGUAUCCUCUAGCUCCAUCCACGGCGGGCGUGGUGGAAACAAUUAG